CGCCUCGACACCUUCAAGUCUACAAACUCUGCCCACAUUCAUUCGCGCCGCCUUGUUCUCUGCACCCAUGUCUCACGCUUGACCUUCAAUCACUUUACUCAUCCCGACUGUUUUGCAAGGCUAUAUGGUUCGUCUGCGCAGGUACACAGCCUUGACUUACGUUUCCCAUCCUCAUUCUGCUCAUGAGUCUCGACGUCCACACUGUCGCAGCCCCAUCACUUGGCACUGUCAAGAUGGAGGACCGCAAACGCUCCAUGGUGCCCGAGCACGAUGAGCUGGCUCCUCCCGCAAAGAGACAGGCGAUGAGUAACAACGCGAAUGGCACGAAAACCCACCCGGACGCUGAUCUGCCUUGGAAAGAAGAUCUUGAGAACUUUCAAAAAGAUGCCAUCCUUCGCCAGCUCCGCGAGUACAAAAGAGAAAAGCAAACAUGCGAGUCUCAGAUCGCUGAGAUGGAGAAGAAAAUGACAUAUCACGACGACCAUUUGCGUGUGGUUGACUCAUGGUUCAAUCAGCUCCUCGAUGAGAUCAGACUCAUGGUCAACGACAUUGUCGUGACACGACCACUUCAGCCUAAUGAUGCGCUGUUCCCACCAUCGCUGUUAUUUUCAGACUCAGAGAAGUUUCAAGAACACUUGUCAGACCGUUCUCAAAAGAUCAGAAGCGUCUUGUCAGAUCUACUCUCCAAGUCACCUGGUGAUGCAAAUGCUGAGAAGCUGCAAGAACAAUUGUCCAAGCUUCUUGCGCAGGAGAAGGUUACCAUUUCCGAGCUGCAUCGCGUGACUACGGAGAAAGAUCAGUUGAUUGAGCGUCUGGAGAAGGCUUCGUACCGAUAUAUGGUGGCGGAGAAGAAGCUAGACCGUGCUAAAAGUCAAGCAGUCGCUAAAAUUGAACGACAGGCAAUGCAAGGUGCGACCGCAGCGCAGAGCCACGAAGAGCCAAAGGAUGUCAAGAAAGAGUCGACAGAGGUCAACGGUACCACGGUCCAAGCUCCCGUUAGCGAAGAGUUGUUGUCGGCAAAGAAAGAGGCAGAGGCCAUUGCAUUGAAGCGCAAGGAGCAGCUAGACAAACUCGAUGCGGAGAACCAGAAACUGACCGCCGAAUUGACGCAACUAAAGGUGAGGCUUAGCGGGCUCUCGGACGAAGAUUAUUCCAAGACAGAGCUGUUCAAAGGCAUGAAGUCGCAGUAUGACGAAGUGAUACGACGCAUCAAUGACCUGACCGCGGUCAAUAACACCUUGCGUGAGGAAGCACAAAAACUGCAGCAGGAGAGGACACAGUACCGCAUCCAGGUUGAUGAGGAGACUCGGGUCAGCAUACAAAACUCCGAAACGCAACUUUCAAAGGCGGAAACAGAUCUCAGUCGAAUCCGAAACUCACGAGAUGAAUAUCUUGCUGAUGUCACUAUCCGGAAAGCUGCAGCCGAGGAGCAUAAGACAUCGUUUGGACAGAUCCAAGACUUGGCAAAAGCCAGCGACGACAGAAUCAAGGCCUUGGAACUGGAGGUCGAACGCCUCAAGGUCCAGAUUGGCGAGCAACAAGCUUCUGGAGAGCGUGCGGAUCUGGAGCAGAUGGAUGCUGAUCAGCUACGUGGCAAGAUCGUUAAUCUCGAAAAGGAAUAUGCUCUCGUCUUGGAAGAAAUGCCGUCGCUGGAAGUCGCAUACAAGAAGGCGCAAGCGAUUGCAUCCAAAAAGACGGCUGAACUUGUUGCCUGGGAAGAGCAGAUUGCAAGGCUGAAUGCGGAGAAAGCAAAGGCAGAUCAGAAGUUCUUUGGCGCUAUGAAGGCAAAGGAGGCACGUGAGCAAGAGUCGAGGCUUUUGCGAGCCCAGAAUCUCAAGAGCGCGGAGAUAAUCACCCAACUGAAAGAGGCCGAGACGAGCAGUCGAAACCUUGCGGUGAACCUUGAGAAGCAGCUCACAGAAACCAAGGAAGCAGUCAAUUCAACAACUAGCCAGGUUCGCACGACGCAAGCAACCAUGACUAAACAUCUCUCGGUGGCCGAAGGUUUCGUGUCUCAGAUAGCAGAGCUGAAGAAGGUCGUGUCCUCCAAAGACGCUACAUGUACGGCGGCCUGCCAGGCACAGCGGGAGGCCGAGGUCAAGAUUGAGCAGCUUCAAAUACAAGUGGACGACUCGAACAAACAGAUUGAAGAGUGGAAAGCACGGAGCCAGGGGAAGCAGACAGAUACAGAAGGACAGUUGCGGCAAAUGGUCCUGUGUACGAUCUGCCGGCGAAACUGGAAGAACACAUGCAUCAAGCUCUGUGGACACGUCUUUUGCCAAGAGUGUGUGGAUGAGCGCGUACAGUCUCGGUCACGGAAGUGUCCUGGGUGCGGCAAAUCCUUUGGAGCGAACGACACCAUGCGCGUGCACUUGACCUGAGGCUUUCUCAGCUUGUGCAAAAAGAGAAGAUCAAACACCCUGUACAACACCCUGCGAUGACACCAAUCCAGUUGUUUCGUCGAUGAGCUUCAAUCGUUGAUGGCUUAGUUUUUGGGGGCCACGGCAGACGGACCUGUCUGGCACACACACAGAGAGAGAGACAAACGUGCGCGAUAGAUUACCAGCGCCGCCAACGCUGUGCAUUCUCCAUUUCCUGGAGCAUAGGCCGUUGUCGUUUUUGGCGGAAUUAUCAGCUUCUGCGCCGUGGUGGGUGCAUUGGUUUCGCGCUUCUUGCUUUUUUCUUCGUUCUUUUAAGUGUAUUAUAUGAGGGGCCAUAUUGCAGUGACUUUGGGGGGGGGGGGUUUAUUGGGU